GGACAAACAAAUGUUGAUGCUCCUCUUGACCACCAACAGCAACAGAAACGGAAACCUCAGCGUUUCUCGGCUCCCGGAGCAGGAAUCAGCCGCAGUUUUAGUUUCGCCCCACCUUCGUUCGGAGCUCCUUCUCCUUCGCCACCACGUCCAUCCAAGAAUCUUAGUGGCUGUAUAGACGAAAUGGCAUCCCCGAGUCCGCAGUUGACAUCAACUUCUACAGUGAGCAGAACGAUCAAGGCAGGAGGAUCAGCAACUAGAAGAGCGACAACAUCAUCUUCCAAUAUAAGUCAACAACAGGAGCAUGUCCUCAUAAAAAAAAAGGUGGACCAUCAUCAUUCCAUCGACGACGCACUCGCGCGUGCAUUCGGUGGUGCCAUAGGAGGAUCAGAGCAGAGGAUACGACAUUCAGAAGAUCAGCGGAUACGACAUUCAGAAGAAGAGCAGGGUGUCAUACAGGAGGAGGUCACGACUAACUACGUGCCACGACUGGCAGAGGACCGACAUUCUAGACCAGGUGUUGUGGAAACAGAAGAAGAUGAGCUACAACGUGGAGGGGAUCAGACGGACGAGGAUGUUGUUGAUGAAAAAGAUGGACAUGCUGAAGGUCGUGAAGACGAGGACCACCAGCAUGAGCAGGUAGACCUUAGUUGUCCAGAAGAUGACGCGGCUAACGACGACACCAUGACAGGUGAGUAUAGACGUGAGCACGAAAACGACCUAGCUGCUGAUUCCUAUGAGGAAAUGGUCGCAGUCGACUUGCUUGGAGAUCAUGACGAUGAUGAUGGCGGUGACGAACACCCUGAAGAAGAGGAAGACAGUGUCACAGAACAACUUCUGGCUGUUCCAAGCGAGGACGGAAAGAAUUCAUUGACGGGAACGCUGUCAGGUGGAGGACCAGCAUCAAGUGCUGGAGAUGAUCAUGAUCCGUUUGAUGGUCAUGGUGCUGUUGACAGUGCAGUUGUUUCUCGACACGAGGAUGUAAAAUUGGGCUCCGAGGAUGUAAAAUUGGGCUCGUCUCUGCCUCUGCCUCUGCACCUGGAGGAGAGUCAUAUUAGUAGGACGCUUCGUACAGCCACUUCAUCAUCUGCUGGAGCAGGAGCUCCAGUACUAGCCUUGCCACCAACAAGCAACACCAUCUUACGUCAAGUGCAUCAGCGGCUGAGAAGUAGUGGACCGGGUAAAGCCGAUGAUGAUCAGGCUCAUGAUCUGAAGAAUCGUACUCCCCAAUGGGUUCGAUCGAUGCCAAGGAACAUCAGUUUCCAAACUAGCUCAAUUGCGUCGUCAUCGUCUAAGAAUAAGCUGUUGGAUAGUUCGACUGAGCAGUCGUCCGCAUCGUCCUCAUCGUUUUCCACGAAGAAUAGAAGCAAACUACAAGGGGAUAAACAAGACGUGGACCACCAAAACAAGGUCGUGAAUUUAUUCGGUCAACCACUUGGACAUGCAGCGUCAAAGACGUCGAUAUCCUCGUCCUCAAGUACUAUUAGUGCGCCUUCCUCAGCCACUAGGACUGGAGACUUAUUGAGGCAGCCACAAGUACUCAUAGGUCGUGGGGAAGAUCGUCAGCCACAAGUACUCAUAGACGGGGAAGAUCGUCUUCCUCUACCUGCUACCUCAGCAACAACUACAUCAUUUCUCGCUGGCGUCCUUGCAGAUGAGCAGUCUCUCAACAGUUCAAUGUCUUCGCGUGGAUUCGAAGAAAUGCUGCUUGGUCGUUCUACCACUACAGUCGGAGGACGUGGAAUUUCGAACUCGUCUGGAGGUGGUGGAGGUGGCGGUACUAUAAUUGAUAGAAGGUGGUCAACAAGGUCUCCUGGCACAAGUAGAACUGGUAGAGGUGGAUCUCCUCAUCGUCCGUUUGCUUCGCCACCUCUGGAGCUGGAGUCUGGUGCUAAUUUCUUUUCGAUGAAUAGGCAAGGUGGCCCUGGCCCACAAGGUCGAGAAGAACCUCUUCGAGAUCGAGCACUUCAUCUAGCACAUCAGAAUAAACAUGUCUCAGAAGAAAACCACCUCCGAGGUGGACCACGACAUGCGUCAGGAAGCCCCUUACAAAACAUCAGCUUCAAUACCUCCUUGACCUCUUCAUCGAGCAAGAAUAAACGCGAUCGAUUCUUAGCUGAAAGUGCUGCCGAUCCUUUCGCAUCCAGGAGAAGGAUCCAAGAGCGGCCGCCGAAUACGGUAUCGCAUGAGCUGGACAUGUUAAAAUUCACAUGAUGCUGAUGUUUUCUUAUGUUUCAAUAGAUCGAUUCUCUAGAUUUAGAUAAAGAUGUUUUCUUAUGUUUCAAUAGAUAGAUAGAGAGAGAUAGGUUGUAUUGUUUUAUUGAUGACAACGAUGUUGACGCGUUUUCAUUUACUUACAACUACAGUUAGACUUUGGUUUUCUAGUUCUACCUGAAGAUUCUACCUACAACCUUAUUUCGGACGACAGCAUUCUUUGUUUAUAGCUUCGCAGAAAAGACACGACGUAGUACACUAAAGAUAACAACUAAGCAUCGUGCUGGGGGUAAAUUCAGCAUUAUCUUUGGAUUCAUCGACAAAGAUGAUCAGUAGAGAAAGACCGACUGUAGAAAUAGAACAGGAGAUACAACUAUUUCACGACUACUAAAAGAGCG